UGUCCGCCGCCACUCCAUCCAAGCAGCUGAAUCUUAAAGAGAAGAGAAAUAACUAAGAUAUAUAUUGUAUCUUUUCUGAAACAACCACUUUAUAAAAUUAGCCUUCAUAAGCUCACUCAAAAUGAAGCUUCUACUGUGGGCCUGCAUCUUUUAUGUUGCUUUUGCAAAGAAGCGUUUCCACUUCCCUGAUGAGAAAAUUCUCUCAUCUGGUGAAAAGGAUUACAGUGGCAAUCAUUACCCUCUUAACCCAUCUCUGAAUAUUCCUUAUCCCUCAUCAGACAAUAAUUUUGCUCCUCCUUUUCAUCCUUCAGGGAAUGAAAUCCCCAAUUACCGUGGGAAUCCUGACCCUGAUUCAGGGGGACCCUCAUAUCCCUGGAUUCUCAGUUCUCCCGGAGCUCUCCCCUACCACAGUCCUAGUUUUCCUGUAACUACUUGGCUGUCCUCCUCCUCUCCUCCUACUCCUCCUCAGAAAUCUUCCCUCUUUGCCCUUCCCUCAAGUACACUUGGAGGACCUUUUUUCCCAGACAGUGCUCCCAUGCCUAAACCGGCUGAACCUUACAUAGCCACACCUCUUGUAGCUGUACCUACUACACCUCCCGACCCAAAGCUUAUUGCCCUUGAGCCUGGGCCCUUAGAGCCUGAUGACGCCGAGCCUGUGGCUUCAGAACACCAGCCUUCUACUUCCCUGGAUUAGAUGCUGUUGAACACAUCAAUGAAAUCUACAAAAACUUUUGGAAAGUCUUUUCCAAAGACUUUCAUUCUGUUAUAUUAAAAACACUA